AUGAGCGCGAAGCCUGUCUCAUGCGAUAUUUCGUUGUUCAACUUGCCCCCUGGGCACUUAAGCCGGAUCAAGAGAUACUGGCAUGGCAAUAAAGUACAUUAUGGUGGCAAGAUAUUGCCGGACCUUAAGCCAGAGACAGCGAUUCACUACCACAACGAGUGCAUUGCGCAUCUUGUUUCAAUUUCAGACCAUUCGCGAGAAGCUCAGGAUGAGAAUCUUCUUGCCGCGGCUGUAAUUUUACGUUUUUAUGAAGAAGUUGAUUUCGAAUCAAUGGGCGAAGACACUGAGAACGGAUUAAAGGGAAUUCACAUCUUCUUGAAUGCCCAAGUAAGGUCCGCAGUGUCUGGAUACGGCCUCCGGCACGCCACAUACUGGAUCGCCCUACGACAAGAAAUCACCACAGCGUUUAGUAAACAACGAACGUUCCGCCUCCCCUUAGAACCCUGUGAACCUUAUCGAUCCUUUGAGCCUGCCGAUGACUAUGUCUGGGCAGAUAGACUAGUCAUCCACUGCGCCGAUGUAUUACAAUAUUGUUACGGAUCCGAAGAAGAAGACGUAACGAGGGACCGCAGCAUCUCCUCGAGCAUGGGUAUCAUUCGCCAAGUUCCGGGUGCCGACAUGCGCAUCGCGCGCUACGAAGAACUCGUCCUUUUUGAAACCUUUUGGGCUGAGAUGGGCCCGCCCAGUUUCAAGCCUAUCUAUUCCCGUGAACCUGACCGCUCACGCGGUGAAGUCUUUCCCGAGCUGUGGUACCUGAACAACUGCCACGUUGCAGGUCUUCAAUUCCUCGAACUUGCGCGAAUUCUCCUCACGGUUUAUAACCCAAAACUUCCCCGUUUAGGACCUGGUCAGCGCACAGCAAUGCGAUCAGUAGAUCAAAAGGUGCGAUCCAUUGUACUGCGACUAUGUGGCAUUGCGCUUUCCAACGAGCAUAGUCCUCCUGGUCUGGUGACAGCUUCGGCUGCGAUUGGAAUGUGUGGAGAUCGUUUUACCGAGAGAUUCGAGCAAGAGGCUUUGCUUGGAUUACUUGUCAAGCUAGAGGAUGAACAUGCGUAUCCUACGUUGAGUACGCAAGAAUCGUUAAAGCUCGCGUGGGGGUGGGAAGGGUACGGUGAAUCGGAGUAA